AUGGCUUUGAGCGACUUGGGUUUUGAUGCUCCGAUGUUGGUAGCACUCCAUGAUAUGCUGGACUUUGUCGACGAUGCAGAGAAGCCGCACCACCCGUCGCGGGCUUAUAUUCGGGACACAAAGGCCAUGAAAGCUACACCAGCAGACAUCGUAGAAUACCCCAAUGCUUUCCAUUUUGUGGUGGAUAUGCCAGGGCUGAAACCUGACCAAAUCAAGGUACAGUUGGAGGACGGCAAUGUCCUGGUGGUGAGUGGCGAGAGGAGGAGAGAGAGAGAGAAAGAGAAGGAGGAGAAAGAAGGGGUGAAGUUUGUGAGAAUGGAGAGGAGGUUUGGGAAAUUGUUGAAGAAGUUUGUGUUGCCGGAGAAUACGAAUCUGGAUAAGAUUUGUGCUGUUUGUCAAGAUGGGGUGCUGAUGGUGAUCGUGGAGAAGAAACCGCCACCGGAGCCCAAGAAACCGAAGGUGAUUGAAGUGAAAGGGGCGGAGCAUGGUGAAGGAGGAGAAGGGAGUCAUGAAGUUAAAACUUCGCGUGGAACCGAUGAGGGUGAUGCGGUCAAACAAGCGUAA